UCUGGCUGCCAGGCCGUCCUGGGCCCUGCAGGAGGCAACAUGACUUAGGGACCUCCGCCCAGAGGUGCACCAGCUGUGAUGCAGCAGCCUCGAAUGGAGACAGAUGCCAUCGGGGCUGGCGAGGGGCCCCAGCCAGCGGUGCCCUGGUCAGCCUGGGUCACGCGGCAAGGUUGGGUGCGCUGGUGCUUGUGCCAUGUGCCCCAGAGCUGGACCCAGUGGUGGGCCACAUCAAGCUGGCGGCAACCGCUGCAGCGUAUGCUGUGGAGUCUGGAAGGGAUCCUCUACCUACUGCUGGCACUGAUGCUGUGCCACGCGCUCUUCACUACUGGCUCCCACCUGCUGAGCUCCCUGUGGCCCGUGGUGGCCGCAGCGUGGCGCCAUCUACUGCCUGCCAUCCUGCUGCUGGUGCUCAGUGCCCUCCCAGCUCUGCUCUUCGCCGCCUCCUUCCUGCUGCUGUUCUCCACGCUGCUGAGCCUCUUGGGCCUCCUCACCUCCAUGUCUCACCCAGGCUACGCUCAGGCCUUGGACCAAUAGAAGGGCAACCCCA